AAUCUAUACUGUUGCAACCUUGACCAUCAUUUGCCUCGUUGGAGUCAGGCUGCAAGACAGCGCCGGGUUUGCAGCGUGCCCGAGAGAGCAGUCUACACUACUACCAUCCCGGGAAAUGCUGCAUCGUUGCGGUUGAUUACUUCGUUUGCAGUCUCAAAUCUUCCAUUCUCUAUAGGACUCCAUGUGCUCCGACACUGAGGCCGUGCACACUUUGGCCCCCACACCCGACAUAGCGUCUGGUACGCUUCCUCCUGUCAUCUCCCAUCAGGCCUUCGGUGGCUCUGAAUUCUUGGAGAGUCUUCCACCCAUUGAAGUGUUCGUUGGCAUUGACGCCUUGCGAAGUUCGGCCGAGGUUAUCCCCGGUUUACCCACGCGCCACCAGGUGGAAGAGUGGCUUGCUGAACAUGAUAGGAUUGAAAAGGAAACCGAGAUAUUUGAUUCUGGCGAGCUUAGGAAGCUUAGAAAAUUCACAAAGGCGGCCACUCAGCGCCACCUGUCACCAGAAGACACUGAUCUAAUCGAGCUUACGCUCACUACCAUUUUUGAGUUAGACAAACUCCUCCACCUCCUACGCGACCGUUCUGAAAACCUCGAUCUCCUCGAUGUCCGACUCACCUGGGAAGAGCAAAGAACUGCAGCAUGGUCAGACCUUCGCAAGAUUUUCGCCGACAUCGAAACUUUCCUUGUUACCCGUGCCAGGUGGUCACCAUCCAUAUAUGAGGUCAUGACAAAACACGAAGAGAAACCUUCGGCGCGGCGCGGUUCGGUCGCUUCUAUGGCUUCGGAUACAUCUGCUACAUUCGGUGCUGGCUUCUCUCGUUCUGCACGCUUCAAACUCGCGGAACUCCUCUCACGUGACGCAGCUCAGAUUGCUGGCAAAAUCUCCUCUCUCCGGCACGGGAGAAUAGCCUCGGCAGGCAAGGCACUAGACAAGCUCAUCGAAAACAGCCGUAAGCCGGUACCAGAAGAACUUUUGGAUGAACAAGACAAACUCGAAGAGAAAGGCAUCAACGACAUGGAAGACGUAGGCAAGUUCGUUAUGAGCAUAGUCACUCAAUGGCGAAAGGCCGACGAACUUUAUGUCGAGACUGUGAAGGACCGUAGUGCAGCACAGAACCUCGUGGAAGAGAUAGAGACGGCCAGGCUUUACCACCCGACACCCCGUCAGAGUGGCAGUUUUAUAUCUCGCGCGGAUACGCUGGUCAAGCGGCUUGCCCUACGUGGGAAUCCGUUUUUAGACUCGAGCUUGUUCCCCCGUCCAACGCACUCUUUGUUUCUGGAACAGGAAUCCUUCAACGAAAAACUCGUCCAAAGUCUUUCCUCAGAUUUGUUUAGCACUAGAGAACUUGUCUCCAAGGUCGAAUCCCUUGCCAGAGAGUAUCGGGCGGGCUAUGAAGCGGUGAAGGAGAUCGAUACCCUUUCACAACGCGUAGAAGAAUCACUAUUGCUGUCCCGCUCUGUCGUCCACAGACUUUCAAAUGGCGUCGAUGCCUCAGAUGGGGACGGUUCUCCGCCGGAUUUAUCAACGCGCUAUUGCUUGGAACCGACAGCACAUGCCGCUUUCCUUACUCUUCUCCCUUCAAUAUUCCAGGAUGCGGACCAGGCAAAAACCACUAUCACUACGCUCACUAACAGGUACCAGUUUGCUCUGCUCAACCUAGCUCGUCCUGGUAUCGAUCCUACGUUUAAACAAAACGCCUCGACUCCACUUAAUACUCUUCUCACUGCGCACAACGAGAUUCUUGCAGUUGUCAGUGAGACAAACACUCGUGUCGGUCGCCUCCGACUCGCGAGGAGGGUGUGGUCGAUGAUGGGCAAACUCAAAAAGUCACUGCAGAAUGUUCAGCAAGAUCUAGCUGAAAUUAUGGUUAAGGAGCGUUGGACGCAACGAAUGGAUAUCACGGAGCCCCUGACACCGAAAACCCCAGAGGCAGAACUCCCUUCUGCAUGUCCAACUUUGUCGGACAUUUCCUCUCGAAUUGAAACUAUACGACAUGCUCUCUCCCACGACAUCGAGGAGCCUCUCUCUUCUCUAUUCGGUUCUCUGGAGCAACCACUGUCCGACUUCCUUGUGCGAACAUCCACGGAUUUGAUGGAGCGGUUAGACAAUUUGAAAGAGAUGAUACCCUUUGUGGGGGCCAUCCAAUCACAGUCUUCUACCAUGGCCUCUAUUCAGGAAGAUGUUCAUGAUUUGCAGGUGAAAAUAGAGGAUCUGAGAAUUCGUUAUGACGUUGCCAUUGAAGAGAUCUUGGCGGGCGAUGUAUCAAACGACACCUUGACGGAGGAACAAUUACACCUUCAAGCAGAUACAGAUUCACUCCGCGAGGGCGUUCGAGCUUUUACCGACGGGAUUGUGCAGCGAGUACAUUUCGUAUCACGUGGCCCUUAUUCCGAGACGUUCUCCAAAAUCUUCCCCCGCAAGAAAUCUUCCUUAACCGACAUCUAUGUCGGCUCUGAGUUGGCUCCGAUGAUCGACUGCCCCUUCACGCCUGGAAGUCUGGACGACGCUGUUCGCGCAGACUGUAAUUCGUUCACGAUGAGACUGGCAGGAGAGUUGGAAAGUUUGGACCGGAAAGCUGGCGACUUGAAGUUGGUAUGUAUGGCCAAGGUUGUUGAUGCAGGGGUCGCUUCUGCUAGUGAGGAUAUCCGGGGGGUUUAUCGAGAACUUGAAGAGUUGCGAUCAACACUCUCCUCGGUUUCUCAUGGGGAGGAAAAGCUUGAACGAAUACAGAUGUUGUCUCAGGAUGUCGAACGCCAUGCUUCCAGGCACAGAUCCCGCCUCUUCCGCUCGCUCUCCUUGAUAAGGGACUGUCUUCGACAGAUGGAAAUGGUUUCCAGCCCGCGAGCUACUCACGAGCAGUUGCUCACGUCUCGCAGGCGUGCUGUGGAUGAUCUCGAGCUCAAGGUUAAUACCUGGGGAGACCGCGCCGCGGUAUUGCUAGGUGAAAUCUCCGAGUCCUUGCUUAUGGAGACUCGAAGGCUUGAGGCCAUCCGCGUGCAAAGAGAAAGAGAAGCAGAAGAGAGACGACAACACGAGCGAGAGGAGAAGGAGCGUCUUGCCGAACAGGCGAGAAUCCUGGAGGAACGCCGCCUGGAGGAGGAACGGAAGGUGCACGAACGAUUGGCUCAAGAGCAGCUCGCCCGUGAGAGCGCCGAGGGGCAGGCCCACGGGCGACCCGCCGAUGAGGAGGCGAAGAUAGAAGCCCAAGAGCAAGCGGCUCACGGACGGACGGAGAAAGACGCUGGAGAGCGACUUGCUUCUGAGAAGACGGCCGUAGAGGGCUUUACCAGGAACGAAGGCGGUCCAUCGAAUCAGUUCCAAGAACCCGAUCUCUCCAUGUCCCUCGACUCUGAAAACGAGAAAGUUCUGCGCGACACGAUGGACCAUGGUCUUCAAAGCAGGGUUCACCAGACCUCUUCUCCCAAGAAGACACCUUUCUCUUCAAUCUGCGACGACGAAGAUGUUUUCGGCCCGUCAGUGGUGCCUUCAUUGUCACCUACCAAGGCUGACAGGACGGAUGAAUUGUAUACUCGGAUCGUUUCGUUGAGGAAGCGUCUUCGGUCGAUCGGCAUCAACGAGGUUGCAAGACCACCAGCAACAAACGCCUCCUCUCUUCGAUUACCCACAUUAGAACAAUACGGAAAGAUGAACGCUCGAUUCGCAUCUAUCCUAUCCGAAGCUGCUGAACUCCCUACACGCUGUACUUCUCCCAUUUCAGAUUUAGAGCUUCGCUCCCUCAGGACCGAGGUCGAAGCUUCUGAGGAACUUCUGCAGCGCAUUCGCCAACUUGCAGACUUGGCUGACGCCGCCAACCGUGCUGACAACUCCUUAAGCGAUCUUCUGGAACACAUCGACAGUUAUCCGUCCCCUCCAGCUGGACCUCUAUCGAGCCCGCAUAUCUCCAACCCUCAUCUUCCACCAGAGGAGCAAUUGAGUGCUCGCAUCGGUUUCACGAGACGUGGUGUUACACAGGUAACCACCUACCUUGAACCGGUAAACGAUGAUACCCGCGCCGUGGCCGAACAUGACCGUGUUCGGCAAACUUGGACGGAAUUAGAGGAGAUGGCUAAUGACCGUAUCAAUGGAAGAAAAUCACGACCUUCUAGUGUGCUUAGCACCAGUAGGAAUAGUAGCGUAUCCAAUCGCAGCUCGCACUCGGCGGUCAGCACCCCCAAGAGCGGUCCAAGCAGUCAUCAGAGGAAGGCGAGUGGGUACUCGAGUCUCUCUGUGAAAGGUACCCCAAGAAACAGUUUCCUUACACCCAACCUUCCAUCGUCAAGGCGCGCUGUAUCGGGGUCAUCCGAUACCGGCCGCCGGCCCUCCAGCAAAUUGUCCAUGUUGUCUACAUCGAGCAGUCGCUCUGUUUCUGGACCCAUAGGACAACGGUCUACGCCAACUACGUCUUCCCUCUAUAACUCUACGUUCGCAUCUCGCCAGCGUACUGCUAGCUUAUCCUUUAAUGCCCCCACCCCAACGCCGCAGCCUUCCCUCAGUACGCGGCCGAGAGCGCAAACCAGAUCUCGGGCUUCGCCAACCCCUUCGGAACUUUCAAGUAAUUCUAGAUCAACUCACCACCGCUCGUCGUCAUCAAUGUCUACGUGGUCUCGCGCUCCUAGACAGUCGUUUCCAUCAUCUAACAGAAUACAAACCCCGCCCCGAAAAACGCAGCCUGCUCCCAAAAAAGCUUAUGUCGCCAAUCCCCAAAGUAAGCUCGAUGUUGCUGUUGGCGACGUAGUAAACAAACUACCUGUCAACAUCAACGUAGAGGUUGUUGCGGACACUUGGCAAGACCAGAGUGGCAAGUACUGGAUCGGAGAUCAAGAGCCGAAGCUAUGCUUUUGUCGUAUAUUACGAUCUCAAACGGUUAUGGUGCGUGUUGGCGGUGGAUGGCAGGAACUUUCGAAAUUUAUCAAAGAUCACUUUGCAGACGUGUUCCGGAUUAUGCCCCCCGAGUCCCCUAGUCGCCUUGGAUCACCCCGCCUUGGAAUUCGAGAAGAAAGGUGGAUCAGUUCCGCGACAUUAUUGGAAGCUCCCGAGAUUAUCACUUCUCCCCCUCGUACCCCAGAACCCCGCUGUAAUCCGAUCCCGUCAUUCAUUCUCUCGACUCCAAGCGGUCAUAGUCCACAUUCGGUGAAAUCUACACCUUCGUCAGGAUCGCCGUUGGCCCCGCUGCAAUUUUUGAGGCGUGCUGCUCCAGAUGCAACCUCAAUUCGGCCGGUCACACCUUCGAAGCCACCUACUCACCGCCCUCGUUCUACCAUACCUAACACUCCGGCGCGGCGCACUGUCUGGAGACCCUAAUAUCCAUCGAUUCCCCCGAAUAUUAUUAAUUAUUGCAUUCGUGUUCCGUUUGACGACAAGGACGUUUACUGACCAUACCAUUGAUCGCUGUCAUACAUUUUUCUUGCUUUGUACCGGACUUGUUUCAUAGACUUGUUAUGACUACUCUGAACUGGAUAACUCUCGAACACGGAAUCGCCUUUG